UAAAUCAUGUGAAAAAUUGUGUAAACUAGCCCCGCCCCGCCCCAACCAAAACCAAACAGAGCUCAGUUCGUUUUGAUCAAUUUGAUGGCGGCGGCGUUGAUGAUGAAAAGACUGUCGGCAUCGGGCAGAUUAAAGAACACAGGCACUUUUAUUACAUACUUAAACCCUAACUCAAGCAACGCCCCCCUUUUCAUUUCUCGCCGAGGUAUUGCUUCCAAGCUUUUCGUCGGAGGACUAUCAUUCUAUACCACAGACAACGGAUUAUCAGAGGCAUUUUCUCAGUAUGGUCAAGUAGUUGAAGCUAAAGUUGUAAUUGAUAGAGUUUCUGACCGAUCAAAGGGCUUUGGAUUUGUUACGUUUGCAUCAGAGGAUGAAGCUGACAAAGCUGUUACAGAAAUGAAUGGGAAGCAAUUGAAUGGGCGUGUUAUUUUUGUUGACCAUGCAAAACCCAGAGCUCGUUUUGAUGAUGGCGGGAUGCCAAUAGCUAGGGGACCCCCUGAACCAGCAGCAAACCAGUGAAUACUACUACAAAUGAUCAGGAACAGCAUUGUUAGAAGUACACCUUCCGUAAACUACCAUGAUUUUGCUCUUGCAGAGUAAAGAGUGUCAAUUACGGUUCUAGAUGGCUCUAAUGGUUUUCUGACAUAUCUUUGAAAGAAAGAGGAGUGGGUUCAGCAAAACAUCAAGACAGGGUCUUUAAUGGGAGAAGUAGUUGCUCUAUGUUCUAAAUUAUGGUACUGAGUUAAAACUGAAGUUCUAUAAUCAUCAAUUCUUAUAUAUAUAAAUUGCCAGCGUUAUCUAUAUAAAUUGGCCACCUGUAUAAAAACCUGCACGUGUAUUAAAUUCAAUGCUCUGUCUUUUAUCAUAACA